AGAGAGCCAUUUCGACUAGAAGAGCACGGCGGGUUAAAAGCGCACCGUUGUUGAAGCCCCAUGUCGAGCCAUUGCGUGAUGACGAUGCUUGUGGCACUGCUUUUGGCAUUCACUGCACGGACAUCUGCCGAAGAGACCAACAUGAACGUGAGUGGAAAGCAGAUGGUUAAGGAAUUGACCAAGGGCAACAUGAGCAUUGGGAGGAAUCACUCGGUGGCAACAUCCAAUGACCCCGUGUCCCAGGGCAGAGCCUUGCGCAGCGUGACGAUCCCUAUAUUCGAAGACCCCACUGCAAACUAUAUCAUGAUUGCUGUUGUUAUUGUUGUGCUUGUGGUCUGUCCGAUGGUGUGCAUGGUGUCUAAGGCAUGUAAGGGUUGAUUGUAUUGCUCGGAAGGAACGUCGCAGUCCUACAGAGGAACGUCGCAGUGCUACAGUUUCUGCUUUGGGAGAGGUUUGAAGUAAAGAUACAACCUGUGCAGAUGCAAGAUCAAAGGUCUAGUAAUUUGCCCUCAACAAGGCACGUCUUGUGUUGAGCAGUCGAGCUUGGAUUGGGCAGAAAGCAAGGGCAACACGAAGUUUGCCACACCUUUCUUUUUAGCUACAGAGGUUGCUACAACAGCUUUUGACCUACCCCAGGUUUAGAUAGGUCUGGACACAGAUUUAAAGAUGUGACACAGACCACUGCGAUCAGAGGGAAAAAA